GCUAGAGCCAAAGGGAAGGAGAAGAGGAAAAGACUUUUGCAGAAGAGUUUGGGACAGGAAUCCUGACACAUGGCAACUGCAGGGAAGGUGAUUAAAUGCAGAGCUGCAGUCAUCUGGGAAGCAGGGCAAAUACCUUCUGUUGAAGAGGUGGAGGUGGCACCACCAAGGACCCAUGAAAUUCGAGUGAAGAUAGUGGCCACCGGGAUCUGUCGAACAGAUGACCAUGUAGCGGUGGGUCUGUUUCCUGGCAUCAGCUACCCAGUGAUUGUGGGCCAUGAAGCUGCUGGUAUUGUCGAAAGCGUUGGACCAGAAGUCACGUGUGUCAAGCCAGGUGACAAAGUCAUUCCUUUAUGUGUUCCCCAGUGUGGAGAAUGUGCCUCCUGUCUGAAUCCUAAAUCAAACUGUUGCCUCAAAGGCCAUGUCUGUCAACCUCAAAAUUUGAUGCCGGACAAGACAAGCCGAUUUACCUGCAGAGGGAAGCAAGUUUACCACUUCCUGUGGACAAGCACCUUCUCUGAAUACACAGUUAUGCCGGAGGCUUCCAUUGCAAAGAUUGACGAUGCUGCUCCUCUGGAGAAAGUCUGCCUGUUUGGCUGCGGGUUUUCUACUGGCUAUGGCGCUGCCAUCAAUUCGGCCAAGGUUGAGCCUGGUUCCACCUGUGCCAUCUUUGGUUUGGGCGGCGUUGGUCUGUCCAUUAUCAUGGGCUGCAAAACAGCUGGAGCCUCCAGGAUUAUUGGCAUCGACAUCAACAAAGACAAAUUUGCCAAAGCGAAAGAGUUAGGAGCCACCGACUGCAUCUCUCCUAAUGACUUCACCAAACCCAUUGAGAAGGUGCUCGUGGAGAUGACCGGUCUCGGCGUGGACUAUUCCUUUGAGGCCAUCGGGCGUAUUGACACAGAGGUAGCCGCCCUUGCCUCUUCCCGCUUGGGUUCUGGAACCUGCGUGCUGGUAGGGGAGCCUCCUUCGGGAUCACAGCUCACUUUUGAUCCCAGAUUGAUCCUCACAGGGAGGAAACUGAUAGGGUCCUUCCUUGGAGAUUGGAAGUUAAAAGAAGCACUGCCCAAACUGGUUUCUGAUUACAUGAACAGAUGCAUUAAUCCAGAUGCAUUAAUAAGUCACACAUUGCCUUUUGAGAAAAUUGCCGAAGGCUUUGAGCUGCUGCGUGCAGGUAAAAGUAUUCGCUGCGUCUUGGUGUUUUGAGGUCCCAACAGCAACCGGUCUCUGGGGCAUCAGUUCAAGACAGUGUCUCAUUCUGUGGAUCCUUCAUGUACCCAACUAAAUUCAGCAGUCGUUGACGCUUACAACAUCAACUAAUACCCAUAUAUUAACCUUGAAACUGUUAACAUUUUCUGCAUAUUGCAAGGAGUCCAGGAAUCCAUAUGUGCACUAAGCACUGUCAUUUGGAUCAUUUGGGUAUUGUAUUCUUACUUACUCAACUGAUACCAGUGGUAUAAGUACUAUAAUGUUGGAAGCUCACAAAAAAUUUUUAUCUUAAAAAGGGGUCCUCAUAUUCAAAAUGGAUGGAACCACCUCCAGACACAUUAUGGUACUGUAUGUGAAGGGUUUUUCCCCCCUUUGGGGUAAUUAGCAACUCCCUCAAAGUAAUCCCCCCAAAAUAGUCUCUCCAAAUAUCUGAAGUGGAAGUAGUGAAUACACAACUGGAUAUCAGUGGCAAGUUCCAGCUCUGACUGACAUACAUUCAUUAUAAGAAAUGCAUUGAGCCUACACAUCUAUGCACAUAUGGCUCUCACUGUACACUGAAGAACUCUAUCAAAGCAAAGUUCAUACAGAGAGAAACUUCUAUGUACUGGCACCUAUGCUUAUUCAUCCUUCAGACCUCAAAAGGAGCUAUUUCUAUCACUGUAACACAAUCCAAUAGAUAUUAGCCCUUCGAGGAUCUAAAUCUAGUUCUGUCAUUGGUUUAUGGUCAUUGGCAGUUUACUAUCAAGUAUAUCUAACAUGCCACUGUGUGAGCCAUUGGGUUGGACCCAACAUAUUUUUCCACUGGUGAAAAAGGGAGGAAGUAUUCCCUUUGACUACCCAAAAAGGCUAAGCUGGGGCUCAUGAGACCUGCAUGAACAAAAAUUAUGUGGAAUACGGAUCAUAGCUAAGAAGAGAACUGGGGGUGAUUGAGUGAUAAGGGUGGCUGGAUCCAAACCAUUUUCUGUGCAUCUUUUAUCUUCAAACAGCUUGUUAUUAGAAUAUUAUCUUCCUAACAUCACUGAAAUGUUAGCAUUGUCAUUUAAUCCUGUGAAACUUGAUUUAAGCUUCAUUAAAUCCUUGAAAA